CUACAACCCGGAAGUGUGUCGUCAGCGCACAUGACCGGAACUCGAUCACAUGAUCAGUGUUUUCAAAGAAAACUUGUAUCCAUUCACCCCGACGCGCCUGAGAUCCUGCGCUUUAUCACUAGUCUUAAGGUUGCAGUGACCUGUUAUCUGUGAGAAGUCAUGAGGCUUGUGAUCCUGGACGACUAUGACCUGUCCAGCGAAUGGGCUGCAAAGUACAUCCGCAACCGGAUCAUCCAUUUCAAACCCACCGCUGACCGCUACUUCACUUUAGGACUUCCAACAGGUAGCACGCCCCUCGGCUGCUAUAAGAAGCUGAUCGAAUACCACAAGAGUGGAGACCUGUCCUUCAAAUACGUGAAGACCUUUAACAUGGAUGAGUAUGUGGGUCUGCCCAGGGAUCAUCCCGAGAGCUAUCACUCCUACAUGUGGAAUAACUUCUUUAAGCACAUCGACAUCGAGCCCCAGAACACCCAUAUACUAGACGGCAACGCCAGCAACUUGCAGGCCGAGUGUGAAGCCUUUGAGCAGAAAAUUACCGCCGCUGGUGGAAUUGAGCUGUUUGUGGGAGGCAUUGGUCCAGACGGGCACAUUGCCUUUAAUGAGCCAGGGUCCAGUCUUGUGUCCAGGACCAGAGUCAAGACCCUGGCCAAGGACACGAUAGUAGCCAACGCUCGUUUCUUUGGGAACGAUCUUUCCAAAGUGCCCACCAUGACUCUCACCGUUGGAGUAGGAACAGUGAUGGACGCCAGAGAGGUCAUGAUUCUGAUCACAGGGGCUCAUAAGGCCUUUGCUCUGUAUAAAGCCAUCGAGGAAGGUGUGAACCACAUGUGGACAGUAUCUGCCUUCCAGCAGCAUCCGCGAACCAUUUUUGUUUGCGAUGAAGAUGCAACGCUGGAACUCAGGGUCAAAACUGUGAAGUAUUUUAAAGGCCUGAUGCACGUCCACAAUCAGCUAGUUGAGCCGAUGCUCAGCGUGAAGGACUACAUGGACUGAACGCUCCAGACGGGACGUCUGGAAAAACUGGAAUGACAUCAACGUGAAUGAGUGGAAACUGGCCUCAGGGACCACAGCAGUUUUGAAUGGUCAUAAAGCGUAACAGGUAGAUGUUGUACAAAACACCUCUGCUUUCUCAUGGUGCCAUGUUCACGCACGCCAGCAGGAUCUCUGUGACAGCCUUCAGAAUUCACUCUUCAACUACUUUAAGGCCAGUACUAACGGGAAAAGACAGUAUUUUAGGGAAGUUAUACAAGAAGCACUCUUACUUUAACCCUUUCAGCUAACGUUUACUGUUUCAGUUAACACUAUCGCACUCCUUCACAUCACUAAUUAAAGAAAUGUGCUGUUACAGCCCACUCUGAGAAAGCGUACAUAUCCUCAGUACUGUAGUUUGAUCAGGAUAUAUAUCGAAUGUCUGCAUUUCAAGCCAAGCAUCUGUUUUCACUGAUGUCAGUUUUUUUUAUUAACGCACUAUGACCCACAGCUACUUUAAUAGUUGACUUGAAUGUGGAAUUUUACUGCAAGGCAACCUAUUGGAAGUGUUUUUUGGGGAAUAUUUCUGUUUAGAUGUUUUACGUUUAUACACUUUAAAGUCUCUUCCCUAAAUCCUCCAAACUUGUGGUGAAGUUAACAGGAAGCUGAUCUGUGAUCAGAAUUUCCUACUAAGUACAAGUCAUUUUAUACAAUUUGCCUUUUGAAUGAAUCCAGGUUUUUUGCAGCGUGUCAAACCAGUGGAAAAAGCUGAAAAGGUUUAUUAAGAGGCUUUCAUUGGUGCAUCUGAGCAGAGAAGUGUGUGAAUGUUUUUGAAGUUAACUCAUUUUACACAUUACGUAUUUUCUUCAGUUAAUGUUCUUUGUGAUAUACAGGCGCUUUCAUUUCCCAAAACUAUAAAGGCACAAGUAUAAUAUUUCUAUUGUAUUGUAAAGCACACUUUCGUUUCAUUGCUUUCUGUGUUGUACUGUACUUUAGUCAAUGAUUUUGGAAGUAUACAUUUCUAUGGAUUUACACAUUUGUUUGAAGAUUACGUGAACUGACUGUUAACAGAUUUGCACUCCAAAAACCAAAUCAUCCCUCUUAUGUCUUUCUGUACUCAUGGAUGGAUAAAUAAAAGAAAGUUUCAUUUA